CAGAAAUGUACUUCCGCUGCGAAAUCUGCAUGUCCGUUUGGACUGAUCGUCGUGAUUUGAAAUUUUUGUGAUGAACAUGGCGUAAAUAAUUAGAAAAGUGGUAUUUUAAUUUUCAUUAAGCUUAGCAGAGCGCAUUUAAAGUCGACUAUUGAAAGUCGAAACCAAAAUGUCGCAGAAGAAUGUAGUUUUGUUGGAAUGUGGAGCAUUCAAUCCUCCAACUAUAAUGCACUUACGAAUGUUCGAGGUGGCGAAGGACCACCUGCAGAGGGUGCACCGGCACAACGUGGUGGGCGGGGUGGUGUCCCCGGUGCACGAUGCCUACGGCAAGCAGGACCUGGAGCCGGCGACGCACCGCUGCGCCAUGCUGCGGCUGGCGCUGCAGUCCAGCGGCUGGGUGCGGCUGUCCGAGUGGGAGUCGCUGCGGGACACCUGGUCGCGCACCCGGCUCGUGCUGCAGCACCACCAGAACACGCUGAACGCCAUCCUGACGUCGGCGGACGCCCCCAGCAAGCGGCAGCGGCGCGAGGACCUGGGCUGGGUGCCCGAGGACCUGAAGAGCAGCUGUGUGGGCCCCGUGCAGGUGAAGCUGCUGUGCGGCGCCGACCUGCUAGAGUCCUUCGGCAAGCCGGGCCUCUGGGCGGAGGACGACAUAAAGGAGAUUGUUGGUGACCACGGGCUUGUGGUGGUCACUAGGAGUGGCACGAACCCAUUACAGUUCAUCUACGAGUCGGAUGUUCUGACCAAGUACCAGCACAACAUUAUCCUAGUGACGGAGUGGAUCACGAACGAUGUGAGCUCGACUAAGGUGCGUCGUGCCCUGAGACGCGCGGAGAGCGUCAAGUACCUCGUCCUGGACUCCGUCAUCGACUACAUUUACAAAAACGGACUGUACGACUCCAAAGAGACCGACGUGACCAUGGGGUCCCCGAGCCCGACGUACGCGAGCUCGGGCCCGCGCGAUGGCCCCGCGUUCGUGCACGUGGAGUGCGUGGAUGAGGCGGAGCGCGCGGGCAACGAGGCCAACGCCUUGCGCUCGUUCCCGGGCCAGGCCGUGCAAAUCCUGGCCACGGCCGCCGGCGAGACGCUCGUCGCGCGCAAGGAGAUGACCCCAAGACCUGCAUGUCUUCUGUAAGAGACCUCGUGCUCCUCAUUGGGAAAUGUAGUCGGCCCGCUUUGCCCGCCCUUGUCUGAACCCCCGACUCGCUAGAACCCACACCUGCAUGCCCCGGGUAGUCGUCGUGGCAGCACUGUCUCCGGCUCAAGGGUGCCCGUCUGGCUCCACACAGGUUUGCUAUUGCCAUCUUGUUUUAAACUAGUGAUGAUUUGACUACAGCAUGUCAUUCCGAUCCCGAUCCAGGGUCUCUCUGUGAGAGCUUGUUGAUUCGAGUCUUUCGUAGGCAAAAAUAACAAAAAUGUUGGGCCUCGGUGUGUUACUUCCUCUUUUUUUAAAAAUAUAUAUAUUGUACACGUUUGCAUUACUUCUUAACGCUACUGUGGAGGGGGAAAAGAAAGAGAGAGCAAGCUGAUGAGUGAUUGUACAAUGGCACAAUGUUAAAAAAAAAGUUUUGAAUAUAAAUACCUUUACAGCCGGUUACUGAUGGCUGCAACAGCAUAUGAUUUCGUGUACUUUCAAAUAUUUUCGUAAACCGUUACAUACUUUCUAAUACUUUUGCCUACCUUCGCAACUCUCAACGCUGAGGUUUGAUCCGGUGUUAGCAUUAAAAUUGUGACAUUUCCAAUAGGGUAUUAAUCAUAUUUUAGCUAUCAGAAACAUACUGAUUCUUAGAUUCCAUUGAAGUCAUGGACAGACACUAGUAAGAGUCUUCUUUCAAUGCAUGAUUAAGUGUGUUUAAGUUAGAGAUUUUUAAUUUUUGUUACAAUAAAUAUGAAACUAGUUCAGUGUAACUUAUAAUGCGGGUACAUAAGUGAAUGCAAAGUAUGGUCACAGGUUUUUAAUUCCAAAAACUAAUGUCUAGACGUGAAUGCUGCUGGACUGUAAAACCAUAGCUGCCAACCUCAAAUCACACCCAUCAGUAAUGACAAUUAUAUGAAGAAAAAAAAGUACGCGUAAAUAAUGCACGAUAAAUGUUUCCUGGGGAAUUAUGACACACACAAGAUAAAACAAGGAAAAUAAUAUGCAAAAAAAAAAUAUGAAAAAUAUAGGCCUACAGGUAUAUAUGAAUACAAUGCAAAUUAAUGAAUCAAAAAAAACUAUUUGAAGAAUACAUUCAUCUCAAUAUGUAAGAAAUAUAAAUAAUUUUACUGGAAAUUUUGAACCUUCAAUUCAAAGUAUUCAAAGUUAAACUUGUGAACAACUGUCUUUUUAUUUGCUUCUUUUAUCCUGGUUGGAUUAGAACUGCCUUGUAAACAAACAACAGAAGAUAACAAAAACACUUUUAAACAAUAACUCUGCGUUCGUUACUUUCGUUUCUUCAGAUGUAGCGAAAAAACGACGAUAUAGAUUUAUUGCUCGUCAUGGCUAUUAAAUGUUCCGCAUGUUUCUUUGAUUCAAUAUGCCGUUUACAGUCAUCCCUUCCACCAUGUGCAAUCGAAAAGUCACACGUGCAUACAUUACAAAACGCGUGGUGUUCCAAAUCAUUUGAAGACGACAAGUAUGGCCAUUCUUUUGAAUAGUUUAGGUCGAAAGUUCUAAAGAAUUGCGUUCUUUUUUUCCCCCCAGAAACACUUCUGUUCUGUCACACGCUUCAUUUCUACAACUGGCACUGAAGAACAAAACACUAACGAAAAACAUAAAAAAAAUUCACGUCUGUAGAAAGACAAAAACACUAUGAUGAAAAAAAAUGCCUUUCAAAAAAAAAUUAAAACGCAGGUUAGCCAAAGUACCGUACAAAAAUUAUUGUGAUGUAAGUAGCCGAAAAACGAAAAGUCCGAGAAUAUGUACUAGUUGUGACGGACUUAAUGCCAUCCCAUUACUAUUUCAAGACACGAUAAUUAAUCUACUAAUUUCAACAGUACAUGCGCACACGUACUAGUUCCGUUAUUUGCGCAACCACGCGAUGUAUUCGAACUGCGUUCACGAAACAGCACAGCAGAAACUGAAUUUUUUCCGUCUCCGUGCAGCACAAUGCUUCAUUUCCGUAAUACACCAGCGAUGUUCCGUAAUUCGGUGUUAAAUCCGUAAUAAUUACGGAAAAUCCGUAAUGGUUGGCAGCUAUGUAAAACCAUGUCUCAGAGAGCUGCACUGACUUGGGAAAUCUAGCUCAUAAGGUAAAUUAACUAAUCCAGUCUUCGGAGAAAAGGGGUUUUGUAGAUUUUAAAGCAUAAAAAUGUAACUAAAGGAAAACGUUAAUUUGAAGCAUUUGAGGGUGAGAGGUAACUUCUAGUUUAAAAUAGUUCUAUGCAACACUGAAAAAUAUUUUCACAAGCUGAGUGAAGGUGUGCUCUGUAUUCAGUAUGAGGCAGGAAAAAAUUGUUUUAAUGAUCAUGCCUCUUACCUAUUGUAUUAUGAUAGUGUAAUAGCUUUUGUAGUUAAAUAUGUUAUUUGUGUUGGUAGAAAGGUUCUCCCUAUCACUGUUAGGGAAGCGCUGUAUCACUUGAGGCCCAACAUCUUAACAGGGAGAGCUAAAACAACUUUUUAUUAUCUAAUGAGAUGCAAGUUCUCAGAUUAGUGUCGAUAUUUGUCGCAAAAUACUGACUUCUUUAGAUCCGAGUGUUCACAGCGUUACCAAGGCUACAGCAUGGCUGGAUCUUUGAAUUGACACUGUAGGGCUUCAGACAACUAUGCAGUUUAAAAACUGUUAAAUAUUUAGCAGCAUCUUUUUACUAAUUGCAUCCGGAUUGUUAGUUAUAUUUCGUGUAAACCAUAAAUCAAAUUUUUUGAUGUGUGAACUAGGCUAAGGCACGUGUUUGUACAAUCAAGCAUAGUAAUGAAAAGUCCAACAGUAUGUCCAUAAAAUAAUGUCCCAGUUAUAAAUUUUAAUAGUAUAGUUUUUACUUUAAGCAUUGUAGAUUUUUGGUUCAAGGUCCAAUUAGAGAGUAACUCAAUUUUAGAUAAGAACAUGCGUGAGUACUGCUUUGUUUUCACGAUUGUAGCACCACCUAUGCAAAAUGGCGACUCCUGGGCAUAAUUAGUAAAAUGUGAAAAUGUAAACUUUAUUUGGCAACACAAUAGCACCCCUCCCCAUUGGAAACGCUUUGUAAUAGUGUGGUUGAACUUCGAAGUCUCUGGCCAUUGGAGUGGUCGUAGUGGUCGAGAUGACAGAGGUCUUUUUCGCUGGCCUCCAGUUUACCUGACAUAACGCUGUGUGAUUUUUUUUUUUACUUUGCUCUUUAUAAAAGAUCACGUCUAUGUUCUAUCGUUACCUAAUUAUUUGCCAGAGUUCAGACACAGAAUUGAAGAGACUAUUGCUUCCAUUACUCCAGGCUUGUUAACCAAAGUGUGGAAAGAAUCGGACUUCAGGUUCGAUGUGUGUCGUAAUAACUAAAAUAGUACAUUUUGAAAAUCUGUAAGAAAAUCUAGGUUAGUGUGCCUUCAAUUUUAAAUACGAUUUGUUGUAAAUAGUCUAAAUUAAACUAUAUACCAUUAAAAGUGGGAAAUUCUUUUAUGGACACCUUGCAUUAAAAGCAACACAGGAACGUUCUUCAUUUCUUCGUAUUUAUUUUAAGAUAGAUAGGGUUGCAUGUUUGAGUGGUGGCAACGUGGGGGCCUUGUCGCUGGUCUUGUCCUUGUUGCUCUCCCACUUCCGACCUCCAGUCAGCGGCUCCUUAACACAGGAACAAAGUUAUUACAUGUUGAUGGGAGAGCAAGUGGUUCUACGAAUGCACGUAAGAAGUCAAACUUAAACUUUGUGAAGAAAAAAAAAUUAACGAUUGAAACAUCGUGAACAUAGACUUAAUCUUUAAGCAUUGCUGUUUGUGAUAGAAUUUUUAGUCCCAUAAAAUGAAGGCAGUGUUGCACACAAUCAUAAUGCAAGUCAUUUUAUUUCUGUCUGCAUAAUGUUUUCCAAAGCAGCCUGUCCAAUGAACAUACAUUUCAUCCAUUUAGCCAAGACAUAAAACUAUUUUAACUAUCACCUAUAGUUGGCACAUGGUGUUAACUAACAAACAAAUUAAUGCUGAAAUUUGUGUUACCCUUUUUUAUCACAUAAUCGUCAACCUUCAUCUGUUCGUCUGCGUCGCCGCGGUUUACCGCUUACAAAAAUGUAGCCAGCGCUCGUUGCAAUCAUUAAUGUCUGGUUAUGUUGCUUUCUGUAUAGAGUGUGCACACGUAGUCGAAUAUUGAAAUCUCGCCGAUGCAUGCAACGCGCGCUAUCAGGUACCGAGUUAACUACAUUUGAUAGCUCGCACUCUUUCGUGGUAAGUGUACACUACGAUGGUAGUUUGUUUUUAUGAAUAACUUUACCUAACAAAAAUUUUUUGGCAUAAUCGUCGCACCCCUACUUUUCAAACUUGAUUUUAGAAUAAAAUGUGCGACGAUUUUGCGAGAAAACACGGUAUUAAUGGUUUAAUUUGGAAAACUAAAAAGGUAAAGAUAGUAGCCAAAUAUGCCAGUUAAUUGCCAGCAAAUUAAAAUAUAUAUAUUCAUAUUUUAAAAUUUUUUGCAACAGUUAAAAAAUAUCAAUUUAUUUGCAUACAGUGAAUUUUAAUUUUGUUUAACACAAAAAUUACUUUUUUCUAACACUCAUCAUGUAUUUAGCUUUUAUGUAAUUUUUCUUUUGUUUUCGGUUACUGUAUAAAAUCAUUUGUCUACAAUGUACACAAAUAUAUUGCAUUAUGCAUGGCCCGCAUUCUUUAUCAUGCCUAAUCAUUUUAUGAUCUUGAGAUUAAAAAAUGCUGAUAAAUUUCUAAUUCAUCAUAGCUAUAGAUAUGAAGUACAGCACAAGCAUGUUGAAUGCAGCAUUAAGUAAAUGUGUUUUUGUAUUAACUACAGUAAAACCAUCUUAAGAAAAUACUACUUUAAAAAAUUUCCUGCUGGGUGUAUGAAUUAAUAGAAUGUUAUCCUUUUAAUAAGUCAGAAUUUGUAAGUACCCUGAGAAACUUCUAAAUAGGAAUAUACUGUAUUAAGAUUCUUAACUGAUAUCUAAGUAUAGCAUCAACUCAUCACUAGUUUAAACAAGACUUUUUUAUUCUUCAUGAUGUAAUUGUCUAGCAUAAAAUUUACUUUUAAUAUUUCUGAGCUUUCACACCUGGUGAAAAUGCUUUCAGAAUAGUACUUAAGUUCUAACUGCUUACCUGUCCUUAUAGAUUUCAUUAAGAUGGGUGCCCUUGCUUCAGAAUAAUCUCUGUAGCUGUAUGUAUCUUUUUCUCACUAUAGUUACUACUAUUAGCUUAAACUUUUGAGUGAUUUACAUUUGAUUUGAUUGUUUUCACUGUAAGCAAUAAAAAGUUUUAAAUAACAUACCAGGGGCUGUAUUAAUAACAAAGUGUGCGCAACAAAAAUACAUGAAUAUUGUAGAAAUCUUUUACUCAAGACAGAACAUUGUAAUUGCACAACACUGCAGCACACUAUGUGAAACCAGUCAUAUUUCCUGAAGAAGGAUUGUUACAACUCAGAUCGGUCCAGCUUUAGACGACCUGAAAACCUCAAAAAACAAAUUCUGGAAAUGUUCGACAAUGUUUUAAAUUUUGAUAUUAUUUAUGAAUUUAGUUGAGUAGUCUUUAUUUGAGAAAAAGUUUAGUAGACCUUUUACAUAAAUUUAUUUUUGGUUAUCACAGAAAAAAGAAACCACUGUUUGCCAUUACAUGAUGGUUUCUAUAGGUACAACCAAGGACAAACAUGUCCUUGUAAUGGUGAAUAAAAUUACUAAAGCCCCAUCGUGGGCCGAGUGUCUGACUGUAGUCACUGAAUUCUAGGUGAUAGUUCUGAAAAGAGGUUAAGAAACAGCACAACUCACCCCAUUUUGUCAAAAAAUUCAUUGGCAUGAGUCACUUACUGCCAAACACAACCUACCAAGUCCACUCAGGGAGGAGGAAGUUGCAUGACCUCACCAACCAAACACAGCACAGCUCUCAGAAAGCAACCAAUCGUGGCAUUUUUUCUGUCUGUGCCAGAUCAUCAUAUAUCUAUCCUUACAUAACCAAAACACUAUCUAGUUCUAGAAACAGAGAAAACUUAAAUGUAAAAUAUAUGCAUGAAAAGCAGUAUUUCAAGUAAAUUAAACUGGAGAAUAUAACUAAAUAUACAAAUUAAUCAAAAUAAUAUGAGUAAUGAUAAAAUACAAAUGCAAAACUAGAUCACCAUUACUUUGAACCAUGUACUGCCUUACUGAAAACUGUUAUACCAUAAGAAUAACAUCGUAAAACUUGUGUUCUUUCACUUUGUCAACUUUUUGCACCAAAUCUUCAGAACUGACAGAAGUUUUCCCACUUCGUUCCUCAUCAUGAACACUGUGCAGCCAUCUUUAAAAGCCCUAAUUCAAUUCAGUACCAUUCCAUUGGUCAUAAUAUUUUCUCCAUACACUUCCCUAAUCUAUGAAUUUCAGCCACUGUCACAUCUUUAGCACUAAGAAAACGAACCACAGAAUGGUUGAAUGUUUCCAUAAUGGCAUCUGAGGCUUGCCAACAAAUUUAGGUACACAGCCCGCAUGCACAUAAUGCUGACUGCAGCGCUGACUGACAAACUAAAACAAUACGUAUGUAUCAUGCACGAGAAUCAUCCUAAAAGUAUUGAAGGGUUUCCAACAAUUUUCUUAAACUAUAAAAUAAGAUACCUAAAGAUAUGGUUUUAAAGAAUGUGUUAUUGAAUACGGCCCCUGAGGAAAUGUUUGUCCCUCAAAGCAUGCUCUUUGAUUACAUAAGAUUAAUUUUCUUUGUUUAAUUAUAACAGACUUGUAAUGCAGUGAAACCUUUUCACAUUCCAAGGGUUCACUAGAUAAAAGUGUAAAUUAGGGGCAAGUCUCUAAUACCCUAAAUCAUGCAUUGCAUACAGCUUAUGUAUUUAAUACAUCCAAAAGAUUAUAUUUUUGAUAUUUUAAGCUGGUCAUGUCAAAGUUGUCGAAAUAACUUGCAUGAUCCUUUUUUUUUUAUGUCAUUAAGUUUUUUUACAGUUAGCACAU